AUGGCGCGCUUUUUGCCGGCCCUCAUGCCCCUCGCCGCCCUGCGGCCGUUCCGCGCAGUACCAGCAGGCCAAGCGCAUACACGAGCAGCAGCAGGCGCAGGGCAAGGCGGGGGAGGUGCAAGCCUCGCCCCACGUCCAGGUGAAGAAAGGGACACUCACGCUGCGGUCGGGACUCAGAAAUUGAUGGAGGUUGAGAUCAAGAUCAACCUCCUGAGCCAAGAGUCCCAUGCAAAGGUGGCCUCAGCACUGGGUGCGGACCACGUUGCGAAAUAUGAGCAGGAAAACUUUUUCUUCGAUGGUUGUGAAGGAGAGCUGUCGUCGCAGAGAGCCACCCUCCGUGUGAGGAUAUACAAUAGGGAUGAGAAGGCAGAGCUCACACUGAAG